AUGGUCAAGAUCGCUAUUAUCACGUACUCGUUGUACGGUCACAUUGAUACGCUAGCUGCGGCGGUACAAAAGGGAAUUGAGGCUGCAGGUGGGAAAGCAGACCUGUUCAGGGUCGAGGAAACCUUACCUGAAGAGGUGCUCGAGAAAUUGAGUGCGCCAGCCAAGCCAGACAUUCCUAUCGCUACAACAGAGACCCUGGAGAGCUACGACGCGUUUCUGUUCGGUGUCCCCACCAGAUACGGUAACAUUCCCGCACAAUGGUCUGCUUUCUGGGACCAGACCGGUGGGCUAUGGGUCAAAGGUGCGCUUGCUGGUAAAUCCGCAGGUAUUUUCGUGUCUACGGGUACUUACGGCGGCGGACAGGAACUUACCGCCAAGAGCUGUCUCUCCUACUUGGUGCACCAUGGGAUUAUCUUCGUCCCUCUUGGCUACAGAGACGUGUUCGCAGAAGUCGCCAACAUCGAAGAAGUGCACGGUGGGUCGCCUUGGGGUGCUGGUACGCUUGCUGGAGGCGACGGCUCGAGAACCCCUUCGGAACUCGAGCUCAGAAUCGCAGAAAAGCAAGGUUUGUAUUUUUACCAGACCGUCAAAGACUUUCCUCCUUCCAGAGCCAAAGUUGCUGCCAAAGCAGCAGAAAAAAAGAAGGCUGCUGAAGCGGCCAAAAAGGCCGAGGCUCAAAGGGCAAAAUCUGCUCCUGCUACUAACGAGAAGGAGAAAGACAAGAAAAGCAAGUUCGACUGUUGUGUCGUCAUGUAA